AUUGGUUCAGCGGGGUGGACAUCCGGUCGUUUUCGGUGCCUUGUCGCCUCAACAACCAACACGGAACUUAAGCGUACGAAACUGCGAAACGGCUAAAUUAAACGCGAACGGAGGAGCAAUGGACGAUUUCGACGAGCGACUCUCGGCGGAGGUGCGCAAACACCGACGUCUGUACGACAACGCUUGUCCGUCGCGCAAGAACAGCAAGACCACGAUCGCUACGUGGAAGGCGAUCGGCAACGCGGUGCACGAAGACCCGACCUUGUGCAUGAGACGAUGGAAGGCGCUGCGGGAUAAAUUCGUGCGGCUGAAGAAGAGGAUAAAAAACAAAAAGGUUUCUCCCGGGUAUGAGGGAGCCAAGGUGGAAGUCAACGUGAUCCAUGAAAAGUUGUCUUGGCUCAACGAGCAUGUGACGCACCGCAACAUCACUGAAAAACGAGAGAAGGUAAAGCUGGAAGGGAACCAUCUCCACGGUUCUGCUGCCAUCACAGACAUGGAGCAGUCAUCCGAGGCGAUGCAAAGUGAUGCUGAGGAGGGGGAUGAAUUGGAUGUCAGGAGGCCGCCCGCCCAUGAGUUCAAAGCACAGAUGGACAGUAAGAGGAAAGUAAUUGACAAUACCGACAUCGCGGACGGUGUGAAACGUCUGGACGUCCUCGAAAACCCCACGGAGCGGCCCAACCAGGACGCCUGUGACCGUUACACACAGACGGUGGCCGACUUUAUGCGUGGACUGUCCCGUCGGCGCUGUGUCGUUUUCAAGAAACGACUCAAUGACCUGAUGUAUGAGAUGGACUUGGAAGAGCUGGAUGACUUUGCUCAAAGUUAAAAGGCGUACUUGGGAGAUAUCUAUCGAUAUGAUUAUUCGGUCUAAAAGGUUUUAUUUGUUUUGCUUUUCAUCCUAAUGGUUGUCCCGACACAUCUGUAAAUCAGCUUUUUGUAUUAGUAUCUUGAUCAGAGCUUUAAUAAAAAAAACUUUGUACUCAGGCUUGCAUGUACAAGUUGCAAAAAAUGUUGCACAAAAUGUACUUAGAUUUGUAUGAUUAAACCAGUCGUCAAAGUGAAAUUAUUUAAGCAUACAAGCAUUUAAUUAAGGAAUUUGAAAAACACAAGCCUUGUUUGUUAUAGACCCUUGCAAGUCUCGGAAUGCCAAAACACCUUUGACUCUAUCAACCAUCCCUUAAUGCAUACAUCUUACAAGAUACCUUCCACUUGUUAGACUCAAGUCUAAAAUGUUAUCCAUUCCAGACUAAAAGUAUGCAGGGUUCUAAUGGGACUGGCAGUUUACACUAGUUGAUAUGGUCAUUAUUUAGAAACACUAAAGACUUGCAAUUACCAGCUGUGCUUUUACAUGACCAAGGUUCAGGUGCACAAUACAGUACACAAUUUAGCUAAUGAAAACGUAAUGUCAGUAUGAAUUAAAGCCAAGCAACAAACUUCCAUUCCAUGCUCCCUUGAACGGGCCAAAAACGAGUAGACGUUUACAUCAAGUUUGCAAAGAAAUUGGCCACCGUUUAGCUUGAUAUACCGGACAGCUCUAUAGAACACCGUAGCAUUCCAGUUAAUAAAACUGGAAUCAAUAUAAAGCAUUGGUAUGCUUGUCAAGGAUUUACAUUGUUUUGGGUGUCUUUGUAUUAUAAAGUGACCCAGAGCUCUACAAUAAAUCGAGUGAUGUGCACACAAAUGCAAUAGCAAAAGCGGAGGUCAUAACAAAUACCAAAAGACAGUUGUUAGGACGAAAAUUUUUAUUUCCACAACUGAAUCAUCUCCUCUCGGCUCGUCCUCCAGAUUCUGUGAAAAUGGCGAGGAAUAUCCACCACCGACACAUCUAAUCCAACUGUUCAGGGAAAGAAAACACUAGUCAACACCCCAAUAACCACACAUACAUCAACUUACAUGGACAUACGUCUAUAAACCCUUAUGGAUUAAAGUACAGGGCAUAUAACUAGUUUAAUACCAUGGUGUGU